GACUCGGGCAGCAUUUUGGAUGCUUAAUUUUUAUUGUGUCAAGCCACCCGCGUCAGUUGACGUUUGUGCGCGGGAAAUGAGAGCGUGCCAUCAUUGAAGUUUCCCGCGGUUUUAUUGUGCCGUGCUUGUUUUUUAAUAGUUUUGUUCUGCUGAGGACUUGAGUAAUUAUCGUUGCGUUUUUUAUUUUCAUAAAUUAACGCUUAACUAAGAAACAAUAACUCCAGAAUGAAUAAGAAAUCACAUAAGAAGAAGCAGAAGAAAAGGAACAAACAAGAUGGUAGAAACAAGGAGAAUGUUAUCCAGGAUCCAGAGGAACAGGACGUCAAGGAGAGCGAGCCGGCUACAAACAAGUUAUGUUACGAUGUUAAGCAUUCCGACCUGAUGGGGAGAUACAUUGUUGCGAACCGAGACAUAAGUGCGGGCGAGGUGAUCGUAGAAGCCAUAGCAUUAGCCGUUGGUCCUUGCAGUGGAUGUGGACUCAUCUGCCUGGGUUGCUACCGGGAACUAGAUGAAGCAAAAACACCCAAAUGUGUCGGCUGCGAGUGGCCCCUGUGCAGCAGCAAGUGUCCGGGGCUGGGGAAGUACACGGGUCACUCGACGUACGAAUGUGAGGCGCUGCACGCAGCUACUCCUAACUAUGGCAAGAUUGAGGACUUGAAGGACUCCUACCACGCACUAAUGCCAUUGAGAUGUUUGCUGUUGAAGAAAGCAGAUCCAGAGAAAUGGGCGGCAAUAGCAGCCAUGGAAGCACACAACGAGCUCCGAAAAGCUAGAGGCGACAUUUGGCCAAUGAAUGAGAAAAACGUGGUACGCCGACUACAGAAGUGGGGUCUGCAGUUUGAUGAGGAAGAAAUACACACAGUGUGCGGUAUCUUAGAAGUUAACGCAUUCGAAGUGGGAGGGAGCGGCAUGAACGCUCGCGCCCUGUACGACGCGGCCUUCCUCCUCGCGCACGACUGUACGCCGAGCACCACGCACACGGACGCCGAGCGCAGCGCGGGCCGGCCGCUGACCGUGCGUGCGGCCGUGCCGCACCGCGCCGGUGACGUCAUCUCACUGUGCUAUGCGUACACGCUACAGGGAACUCUUAAACGACGCGAACACAUUCGUCUGAGUAAGUUCUUCGAGUGCUGUUGCAAGAGAUGCUCAGACCCGAGCGAGCUCGGCACGUAUGUAAGUGCGUUCCGCUGCCCCAAGUGCGGGGGCCGGGUGCUGUCCACCGCGCCGCUGGAGCCGGCGGCUGUGUGGCGCUGUGUGGACGGCCGCUGCGAGUACAGCAUGCCCGCGGGGGCCGCGCAGGCCAUGCUCAUGAGAAUAACUGAUGAGUUGGAGCAAAUAGACGCAAACGACGUGACAGGAUUCGAGAAGUUCCUUGUGAAGUACCGCAACGUGUUGUGUAGCAGUCACUACUUGUGCCUGUCCGCGCUGCACUCGCUGAGCCAGUUGUAUGGAAAGGUCACCAGCCAUAUGAUCCACGAGAUGUCUGAGGACCAGCUACUGAGGAAGGUUGAGGUCUGUCGGGACUUGAUGAAGGUCUUCGAUAUUAUUGAGCCGGGCUACUCGAGGUUACGAGGUAUAACUCUGUACGAACUACACGCUCCACUGAUGGUGCUCACCACCAGAGACUUCGAGAAGAAGGCCAUCACGAAAGACAAUCUCCGCAAGAGACUCAAAGAGAUUGUUGGUUAUUUGACGGAAGCCGCCUUGAUCCUGGGCUUCGAGCCGCACCAGUCUCCUGAGGGUCUGAUGGCGACGGCAGCCAGGGACGCACUCACCAAGAUCAAGACCUGGGAGCAGAUCAUCGGGAAAAUAUCAUGAUUCUGUUAGGUGUACCUGAAUACGCUAUGAGACGACGCGUCGGUUUUGACCAAAUUGAGAUCCGGAUUUUCUCUGCGAGAUUUUGUCUCGUCUGGUCAACAUUAAUUAGGGAUCUUCUUGAUUUGUUAUUUUCGAGACACAAUUAAUACUUACCUUAUUCUAGAAUACGUUGUAUUAAAUAUAUUUUAUCUACACCCAUGCUUUAAAUCCAUUAAAGAAUCUUAAUCAGUUAUUGCCAACAUUAAAACACCCAAUGUCCAUGUACCAUUACAUCAUUCAAACGAGUGUUGUAAUGAAAUUCAGUACAACAUUACAUCAUUCGCUUUCAUAAUAAUACUCCCUUGAAUGAUAUUAUGGUUACUACGACUGGCUUUUUUAAUGUUAGCAGUAAGCUAACUGUUUCAGAAUUUUUUAUAGAGAAUUCAUAUUAUGGGUGUAGAUAAAGUCUUGUUGAUAUAAUUAGGUAUUAAAACAUGUGAUACUAUUAUCAUAUAAACCCACAUUCGUGUUUUAACAGCCCUUAUUACACAACAGUUGACUAAAUAACUAUUAAAAGUUUUUGUAACAUUUCGCAAUAUUAGAAAUUUGAGUCACAAAGGUUCUUCAAACUAUGUUCUUUAACAUGAAAAUCCUUUCUCUUACAAGAAGCAUUUUGCUUAGCCGUAUUAUAAUAUGUUCACAAAAAUAAAUUAUUUCAGUCUAAUAUUUUAAAUUUAUUUAUCUUUUAGUUCAUGUAGAUAGGGUUGCCAAUUUUUCCUGGAAGAAAUAGAGUUUGACUCUUAUUUUUGCAGAGAGAAUAUACAUUGAUAGAAAAGGAUAUCACAGAAUAAAAAACUAUCCAAAAAGACGUGUAAAUGUAUAUUAAGUAGUUAUUGUAGACGUGCAGUUAUCGAGGAUUAUGAACAAGUUGGUAUAUUUUUCUCCGAGAAGGACUUGUGUGUGUGUUAUAUUAAAGGGUAUGGGUUGGCACAUGCCAAUGUGCCAAAACGAGAGUUUAUGAAAAUAAAGUAUUUCAGCGAAUGAGUGUUAUAGAUUAUAGAAAUAGAGUACUUACUCAUAAUAUUAUCUUUUCGAGUAAAGUUCGCAACCCUACAUACAUUUUAACAUUUCACUAAUAGGACCGUGUCAUAUAUUAAUAGCGUAUUUAUAUAUGGAAAUUUCUUAUUUUAAAGUAAUAUGUAUAUAGGUAUACUAAAUCAUAUUAAUUUCUCAGGUCAAGAAAAAUAUUCUUUAACUAACUAAAUGUAGAUAAAUGUGUUCUGUUUAUUUCUAUAACGUUCUGAAUACGAUUAUUUUGAAGUUUUACAAAUGUAUUAGAGUAAUAUUUCAGGUUUCUAUGCUGUCCAGUUUUUCGUAACUCACCACAAGAUGGCGCUCAAAUGCGGCAAUUUUUAUAAUGAGUUACAGUGACCCGUUAAAUAUAUAAUAUAUUUUACAAAAACUAAUUGUAUGUGCGCGAAAUAAUAAAAAGACAAGUAUUACAUAGUGCCAUACGGGUUUGCUUCAUAUUGUAUAUAAAAUUAUUUUGUCUAUAUUUUUCUAUAUGCUCAUUGUAUAAAUAUAUUAAUUGUAAACUGUAUUAGCGAAUAAAGUUAAUAUUACUA